AUGGGUGGGGGUAAUUCAAGUACAUUAGGAGGUGGUAGUACAUUAGGCGGUAGCGGCGUUCCAGUUGGUGGUGGUGGUAGUAUCAUGGGUACUGGCAUAAGUAGUAGUACAGUUGGUCAUCCUGGUGGUGUUCUUCAUGGGAGUCAUUUAACUAGUAGCGGUGCUCUUGGCGGAUCAGCAAGUGUUGGUAGUGUAACUGGUACACCAGGAAAUGGACCACAUGGUACACCAGGUUCUGUUGUUGAUCCACGUGCCGUUUCUGUUGUAGUAACACUACCAGGACCGCAACACGGGCAAGCUUUAAGUGAUUAUGGUCCUAUAUAGUUAACAGUUCGGCCAGAUACGGCCCACUGGGUAUCAACAAGUAAUUUCAGUCAACUCUAAAUAAAAAUAAAUAUUCAAUUUUUCUUUUAUUACAAAAAAUUUCAGUCUAUAUUAAGAGUUAAUUUAAUUUUUAAGAAUGAGAAAAAAAUAUUUUUUUCCUUUUUACGCAAAUUCUUGUAGUCGAAGCGUAUGAAUUUACCUAAUUCCGAUAAAUUAAAAAAAUAAGAAAUAAAUUAUUACCUACAAUAAUAACAACAUGUAAAUUUAAUAAUACAAAAUAAUUUUUUAUUAAAAAAAAACAAGCAAUAUAAGGUAAAUUUUUUUUAAUCGCCAAGCUCUCUUCUAGUCCAUUAAAUAAAAAAAAAAACUAAAAAUGUUUUAAAAAAAUGGUAAACUUGAAUAUGCAUUAAUAGUUAAUUUUUUUAAUUUGAAUAAGCUCCUUCACAAUAUAUUCCUAAUUAUUAAUAUUACAUCAAAUUAAUAUCAAAAGUUAUGCAUUUAUACUUAUAAUUAUUAUUGGUUAAAUAAGAAACAUGGAAACUUAAAGUCUAUCACGCACGCAAACUAAAACCUAAAAGUUUUAAUAUCCAAGAAAGCUGUUCAUGCCUGUUCAAAGUAAUUGUUAAAAAUAGUAUUUUUAAAAUUUUUAAAUUUUAAAAUAUUAAUUACAGAAACAUUUUAUUACAUAGUGCCGAAAUGUUUACAGGUUAUUUGAGCUUCUAUUUUUUUCUUCAUAAGUUUAUUUUACCAUCAGGAUAACAUGACAUAAAGGCUAUCAAUCGCAAGUUUAUCAAUGUAUUGAUGAACUUUCUAAUAAUAUGUGAUAUAAAUAAUUGUAGAAAGUAUUGCACUAUCUGGACACUGUUCUUAUUUUCCUGAAUAUUUAUUAAACAAACAUUAUUAAUAUACAAAAUUAUAAUAAUAACAAUUAUUGUAUUUAUUUUAAUUCACAACAUACACUAAAAUGCUAAUUUUUUAAAUCAAGGAAACAAUAAUAAUUUUAUAAAUACUCUAUUUGGAUAUAAUUUCAUUCCAAAAUAAACUUACUUACGCAGGCAGGCAGGAGCACUAAGCUUUAAACAGACGUGUAACUUUUUGUAUUUUCCUACUAUUCAAAAUACAAAAACCAGCCAUAACACAAAAUAAAACCUUACAUGUAUAUUUAUUAUAUUAAAGAAAGCAAAAAAAAGAAUAAUUAAGAAUAUUAAAAUUUAGUAGAAUAAAAUAUUUUUUAAUUAUUUAAAGCUUUUUAAAACAUAAUAAAAAAUUUGUUUCAUAAUAAUCUGUAAAUUAAUUAUUUUAAUACAAUAUAUUUAUAAAUGUACACAUAAAUACUUAUUAAAAAUUAUAUAAAAAUUGACUGAAAGAAAAUUAUAAAAAAAAAAAAACUUUUUUUUUGUUAAAAAUUUUAAAGGUUUUAAAUUUAAAUAAAGUGGAAAGAAACACACCAACGGUAGCACCAUAAACAUAAAUGAGCAACUUUUUAUUUUUUAAUUAUAUAUAAUAAUUAUAUAAAAAAAAAAAAACAAAAAAAAUUACAAAGAUAAACUUUAAAAUAAUUUAUUAAUUAUUAAAGAGAAAUUAUAUUACAUAAUAUUCGAAUUGUAAAUUAAAGCAUAUGAGAGAAACAAAAACAAAUUGAAAACAAAAAUACUAAAGUUUUUCUUGACUGAAGAAAUUUAAAAAGAUUAUAAUACAUUAUAUAAUUUGCCAUAUAUUAAACAUUUACACACAUUUUUACGAUAAAUACACACACACACAUACACAUAAACGUCAUCGAAUUAUUAAAUAUAAGAUCAUUUAUAAAUUAUUAAAUAAAAUAAAACAAAGAAAUCAUGUUAUAGCAGGUUAUUCACUGCCAUCAAAAAUGAUAAAUCUUUAUAAUAAUAAAAAAAAAUAAAUAAAUGAAUUAAAAAUUUAUAAAUAUUAAAUAAGAGAAGACAAAAAAAAAAUUUUUUAACUUUCAUUAUCAUCAUAAAAAUUAAACAUAAAUAAAAAAAGCUAAAAUUCUAUUGUAACUAUAGAAAAAAUCAAGACAAAAUUUUUUGUUAAAACGGCAACUCUUGUAUAUGAAAACUCAAUUUUGACAUUAUAUGUAUGUAAUUCAAAUUAUGUUUAUUAUAUAGCCAAAACAUAAAAAUACAAAAAAAGAACAAAUUAUAUAAUAAAUAUUAUAUAAAUUGGAGAUACAUAAAGAAAAACUUUUAAAAUUUUCGCACAUAUUGUAAAUAAAAAUAUUAUUAAUAAAUAAUUUAAAUAUUGUAUAAGAUAAUAAUUUUUAUUUUUAUUGAUAAUUAUUAAGUCAAUGUAAAUUAUAAAAAAAAAAUAUGAAAUUAAUUAUAAAAAU